CACCAGAACGAGGUCAUGUGACUGCACUGACGUCAAGCUGGAGAGGCAGGCAGGCAGAGGGGCCAGUUAGUUUGUGCGCUUCAGCUCAGACCGGGAGUUUCUGGGAGUCUGUCAGCCACCGUUAGCUCCGUCUCAGUCACUCAGUCCGUCUUCUUCUCCUCCUCCCCCUCCUCCGCUGUUCUUUCACACCCCCUCUCUCGCUCUCUCUCGCUCUCAUCUUUGUUUCUUUCUGCUACUCUUCGCCCAUUGCUUCUUUCUGUGCUGCUACCGCCGGCUUCCACAAACUUGUCUUGAGAGAAAGUGCUGGGUGAUGGACUGCUGAACGCUACAGAGUGAGCUGUGAGCCGAGUGACCGUCCGGACCGACAGACAUGGGGAAGCAGAACAGCAAGCUCCGCCCUGAGGUGAUGCAGGACCUCCUGGAGAGCACCGACUUCACCGAGCAUGAGAUCCAGGAGUGGUACAAGGGCUUCCUGAGGGACUGCCCCAGCGGGAACCUCUCCAUGGAGGAGUUCAAGAAGAUCUACGGUAACUUCUUCCCCUACGGAGACGCCUCCAAGUUCGCCGAGCACGUCUUCCGCACGUUCGAUGCCAACGGCGACGGCACAAUAGACUUUCGGGAGUUCAUCAUCGCGCUGAGCGUGACGUCGCGUGGCAAGCUGGAGCAGAAGUUGAAAUGGGCUUUCAGCAUGUACGACCUGGACGGGAACGGGUACAUCAGCAAAGCUGAGAUGCUGGAGAUUGUGCAGGCGAUCUAUAAGAUGGUGUCCUCUGUGAUGAAGAUGCCUGAGGACGAGUCGACACCCGAGAAGAGGACGGAGAAGAUCUUCCGGCAGAUGGACACCAACAGAGACGGUAAGCUGUCUCUGGAGGAGUUCAUCAAAGGGGCCAAGAGCGACCCCUCCAUCGUCCGCCUGUUGCAGUGCGACCCCAGCAGUGCCGGACAGUUCUAAUACCUGAGAGCUUCAACACAACCUUGCUUCUUUUGAGGGACUCCACAUGCCCCGAACUGUCCACUAUGGAGCAGACUGACGAUGAAGAAUGACGAGCUGACGAUGAAGACGACAUGCCUUCAACAUGCACUGAGGACAUCAAGGAUGGGCACAGGAGCCAAAUUCUCCAGCUUUUUAUCAAAACCCGCCAAACCCCAAGAAAGACUCAACCUGAAGGCUUUCCCAAACCCUCACACCCCACUGAUUGUAGUUGACCAGGAUCCCUCAGUCCUCCCAUAGGCAUGUCAGAGUACAGAGAAGGGUCUACAGUAGGUUGUGUACAUACAGUUUAAACUGGAGUCUCUGUAUCCGUGUCUUUGCUUGGCUCUCUGUGCCCCUUUGAGGCUCCAGCCGGGGCGACACAGAGCCUCGGUCUCUUUAAUGUGUAUCAUAGACAGAGUGUGCAUGAGACAGAGAGAGAGAGAGAGAGAGAGAGAGAGAGAGAGAGAGAGA